AUGGAGAUGGCCCGGCAUGUACGCUGCCCAAGCCUGCCACCUGUGUCCUCCAGAGGGGUGGCUACUGUGGCCUGUGGUGCUGUGUUGGUGGAGGAGCUCAACCUCCUGGAGCAGCAAAAUACCAUAGGCUGGGUCACUUCCACAAAAGAGAACAUAAUGUCUCAGUUCCAGAAGCCAGCUUCCUCGCUCAUGGGACCUGCUUCUGCCCAGGCCCAGCUGCGAGGUGAUCCCUGCUUGCCUCUGCUCUGGUUAUUCCUGGGCCCGAUCUGUUGCUCCUAUGCGCCACCAGGAUGGCGCUUCACUGCCUCUGAAAUUGUGAUCCCCAGGAAGGUGUCCCACAGAGUGAGUACAGCUGAGAUACAAGGCCAGCUCUCCUACAAGAUUCGCUUCGGUGGCCAAAGACAUGUGGUUCACAUGAGAGUCAAGAAAAGCUUGCUGCCCAGACAUUUCCCUGUCAUCACCGACAAUGACCAAGGCGCCAUGCAGGAGGACUACCCCUUUGUCCCUCGAGACUGUUACUACUAUGGCUACCUGGAAGGGGUUCCUGGGUCCAUGGGCACACUGGACACCUGCCAUGGGGGUCUGCGUGGCAUGCUCCAGGUGGACGACUUCACUUACGAAAUCAAACCCCUGGAAGCGUCUUCCAAAUUUGAGCAUGUGAUUUCUCUGCUUGUGACACAAAAAACACCAGGAGAGGAUGAAAAAUGUAAGAUUGGAGGGGAAGAUACAAAUCAAGCAGAUGAGGAGGCCUUGCUUGCUGAGAUGCCUAGAGCAGGACCUGUGUAUAUGUGGUGGCCACAUAGAAAAUACAUAAAACUUCUCUAUACAGUUGCCCACUCAUAUUUUCUUCUCAACCCAAAUCAAACAAGUGUAAUAGAGAAUGUCGUGAUUAUGAACAACAUAUUGCAUAGUAUUUACUUCCAGGCUGGACUUGAAGUUUGUAUACGUGUUUUGUGCAUAUGGAAUGCCGGGGAUGGAAUGCGUUUGGACAUUUGGCGUGAUGGUGGUUCUCUUGUUACUCGGUUUGGUUUAUGGAAAAUGCAACGUUGGCAAGGUAUGAUUCCUCAUGACACUGCAGUGCUUUUAACAGGACGUCGAUUCGGUAAUGACAGGUAUUAUGCCCACCGUGGAGGAAUAUGCAACCCCAAUUGGGGUGCAUCAUUUGUAUGUGUUGGGAAUAAUCACAUAUUUUUAGCUUCAACUCUUGCAGCACAUACACUAGGUCAUAUGAUCGGCUGUAGACAUGAUGGACCAGGUUGUCGUUGUUUUCGAAGAGAUAAAUGUGUCAUGGCUCCCGAGACUGGUCUUCUGGAUAUGCUAAGUAAUUGUUCGUAUGUGACACUGCAUGAAGUGGUGCAUAGAUGGGAUCCUUGUUUGAGUACUUCAAAUGUACCAUAUAAUAAUUUUCCUUAUGUAGCUAAUCGUUGUGGUGACAAGAAGUUAGAUGCGAGGGAGGAAUGUGACUGUGGCACCAUGAAGGACUGUGCUGAAGACCCGUGUUGUGAGAACAGUUGCAUCCUCACGCUCGGCAGUACAUGCAGCGAAGGAUCUUGCUGUGUUGGAUGUAAUUAUGCUCAGCCUGGAAGAAUGUGCAGAGAUGUUCUUGGUAUUUGUGAUCUUCCAGAAUACUGCACUGGACUAACACACACUUGUCCAGAUGACUCUUAUAUCCAGGAUGGAACCCCUUGUUCACCACUGGCUGUUUGUGUGAAGGGAAACUGUAGUGACCGUGACAUGCAGUGCCAAGCCCUCUUUGGCUUCAAUGUAAAAGAGGCUGCACCGAUAUGCUAUAGAACAUUGAAUAUGAGAGGCGAUCGAUUUGGAAACUGUGGGGUGAGGGUGAUCCGAGGAGGAGGAAAACCUGUAAAAUGUGAAGAAGAUGAUAUCAUGUGUGGAAUGCUGCACUGUGCUAAUGUGCAGAAAAUUCCUGGUGGCGGAGAGCAUACUACAUUUCGUCAUAUAGUAGUACACGAUGUUACACCAAAAACCUGCUUUGGGUUUGAUGCCCACUUUGGGACACUCACACCACAAUUGGGUCUUGUAGUUGAUGGUGCAUCAUGUGGCCCAGGACAAUUCUGCAAGGACCAAAACUGUACCUUUUAUCCAGACUUGAACUUUAGCUGUGACGUUAGCACAUGCAAUUUCAGAGGUGUCUGCAACAACAGAAGACACUGUCACUGUCAGCAAGGUUGGAAACCACCAAACUGUGAUGUUGAAGGAGGCGGCGGGAGUGUAGAUAGUGGCCCACCACCUGACAAAAGAAAAGAGACUCGAGCCAAAAUAAGAAUGAGUGUAAACAUCGAAGUUGCUCUCCUACUUGCUCGUUUUGCCCUUCUUUGCAUUUCAGGUAUUAUUGGUAGCCUUUUCCACCUGAGAGAAGUUGUAGAUCAGAGGUAUGAGGAAACAGCUUCUGAAAAGUUGUAA